CUUAAAGGACUUCGUUCCGCUUGAAUUCGGAUGUCUGAACUAAAUACUUCGUCACCGUUCUCUCUCUCUGGGUUGCUCUUGAGGAGCCAAUAAAUCUAAAAUCAGACAAACUUCGAUGCUACCAAUCAAGAAAAGAGUUCAACUGGAGAGAUAUUUUACUUUUUUUCUUUCUGAAAUAUGGUUGAUUUGGAUUAAUUAAGCGGAGGAAGAAGCUCUAAGUAGCUGUCCAGAAGUUCACUAAUUUCAAGUCGCGUUACAUUCUCCUCAGAGUGAUGGCACCUAGAAAAAGGAAACCCGUAGCGAAAAGAAGAUCAAAUCGUGUAUUACGAGAUGGGGAUGAAAUGGAGGAACAUGGACUACAACAAAAUGAACAAGAACCAGACUUGGAAGUCAGUCAACAACCAAUUCAAAAGCAAGCAAUGGCUCCUAGUACUCGAACUCGAAGUGCAACUGCCAGUCGCAAUGCCCGUUCUGUGAUUCAAGAGAAGCUGCAAGCGAUGGAGAAUAGUCAACCACAAAUCUUUGCACAAGCUUCUAUGGGGAAAGUGAUGGGUUCUAGAACUCGGAAAGCAUCUGGAAACCAAAGUGGGUAUUGUGGUUUAGAAGGAAUGGAUCAAAUGGAAGGAGAUGGGCAACUCCAAAGUGAAGAAGAACUGGAAUUUCAAAUGAAUCGACAAAUAAAUGGUCGACAAGUGACGGCUCCCAGGUCCCAAAGAUCAACUGUCAAUAAAAGACUAAAUCAUGGAUAUCUGGAACAGGAUGAAAUGGAGGAACAUGAACUGCAAGAAGACGAACGGUAUACAAACUUGGAAGUCACUGAUGCGCUGAGAAAUGCAUUACAGAUCCUGAUGGCUUCUGGUUCUCGAAGACCAACUACCAAUCAAACUUCCGAUAGUGGAUUUCAAGAUAAUCAUCAAAGGCAGGAGAAUGGGCAAUGGAAAAAUAGGCGAAAGAUGCGGCCACCUAUCAGUCAACAAGCUUCUAUUAUGACUCAUACAACUAGGAAGGCAACUGGAAACCACCUUGGGUAUCACAUAUUACGAGAUGAGAUCCCAAUGGAAGGAGAUGGACAACAUCAAAAUGAAGAACAACCAGACUUUCAAAUGACUCGACAAGUGAUCGCUCCUAGUACUCGAAGAACAAUUACAAAUCUGUAUUCCCGUUCUGGAUUUUGUGAUAAGAACCAAACGAAGGAGAAUGGGCAGCCACAGAUUAGGAAACAACUAGAGCCACAAACCAGUCAUCAAGCUUCGAUGAUGGCUUCUAGAACUCGGAAGGCAAUUACAAACCAAAGUGGGUAUUACAGAUUACGAGAUGAAGACCAAAUGGAAAGAGAUAGACAGCACGGAAAUGAAGAACAACCAGAGUUUCAAACGACUCGACAGAGUAAGGAACAACAAGUGAUGACUCGUAGUACCCGAAGAUCAACUGCAGGAGGAAGAGUAAAUCAUGGAUUACUCGAUGAGGAUGAAAUAGAGGAAGAUGCGCAGCGAGAAAAUGGACAUGUAUCAGAUAUGGAAGUCACUCGAGCAAUUGAAAAUGCAUUAAAGAUCUUGAUGCCUCCUAGUACUCGAAGAGAAACCACCAAUGAAAAUUCUCAUUGUGGAUUUCAAGAUAUGCAUCAAAUAAAGGAGAGUAGGCAGCAGCAGAGUAGGCAACCGCAGACACAAGUCAGUCAACAAGCUUCUAUUUCUGCAGUGAUGUCUCCUAGAUCUCAGGAUGCAACUAGAAACCAAAGUAGGUAUCACAGGUUACGGGAUGAUGACCAAAUGGAAGGAGAUGAAGAACAACAAAAUGAAGAGCCACCAGAGAUUCAAAUGGCUCAACCAGCAAAUGAUAAAAGAGGUCUUGUGGUGAUUAUGCCUACUAAUGAUAGUGCUGGCACUAGGGUGGAUUCCAAAGACAAACAAUCAACAAGAUCUCGUAAAGGAAAGGUGUGUUUGAUUGGCGUUGCAAAGAGAAUGGCCAAAGGGGUCAAACACGUGGUUGAAUUUAACUGUCGUGGACAACCAUGUGGUAAAGUCGCAACAGAAAUGCAAAGCUAUAUUGGUGUUGUUGCUCGACAAGAGGUGAAGAUAAGUUAUAAGUGUUGGAAAAUGGUGCCACAAGAAGUUAAAGACACUAUAUGGGAAUAUGUCUCUUCAGCAUAUGAAGUUAAUGACACGUGGAAGUCAGGAUGCUUAGAAUCUGCAAACUCAAAGUGGCGACAAUGGAAAUCUAAGUUAUAUAGAGGAUAUAUUGUUCCCAACAAAGACAAUUCUGCAAAGUUGAAUGAGCCACCCCCAUCGAGUGGUAUUCUUCGUGAAGAUUGGAAUCAAUUUGUGAGAAACACAAUGUCAGAAGAAUUUAAGAAAUUGAGUGAAGAGCAAGCAAAGAGAGCGAUGAAGAACAUGUACCCUCACAGACUUUCACGAAGCGGCUAUGCUGGUUUGGCUGAAAAAAUGAAGGAGGAAUUAUGCGGCGACGAUGAUGUAGAUAGGGCUAUCAUGUGGAAGAAAGCACGAGUACCUAAGAAUGGCGACAUAGAAAAUGAGAAUUUAAAGAAGACUGUGCAAAGAAUUGAUGACUACAUACGACAAAAGGAAGAAGGAGAAUUCAAGACUCAAAGAUCGGGAGAAGAUUUGCUUACAUGUGCACUAGAGUCUGGCGAGCACUCUGGACGUGUUAGAGCAGUUGGUAGUUAUGUUACUCCUUCUAUGUUCUUCAAGCAUGGUAGAAAGAGAAGACAACACAUGGAAAAUGAGCAACUAGUCGAUUUGAUGGAGGCAAAGAAGCAUAUAGUUGAACAAAAUGAAAUGAUAUGUCACCUACAUGAUAGACUUAGUAAACUCGAAGCGGCAAUUGCGAAAGACAAAGAUGAUGAAGUAAAGGGAAGCCAUGAUAAGCAACCGUCUCACUUGAUGGAUGAAGAUUUUGAAGAGGAGGAGGAGGAGGAGGAGGAGGAGGAGGAUGAAGUGGUACUCGUUGAGAAAUUUGAUGCCUUACAGAAUAAAAGAGUAAGACACCAAGUGAUUAAGGAGAGGAAGGUGAAGUGUUAUGACUCUUUGCAUCCUUCAUUGAAAGUAUUGUGUAUACAUGCUGAGAAUUCUUUAAGCAACGAGCAAGGAACAAUUUUUAUAUCAUUUGAUGAAGACAUCUUUGGUAAGCCCUUUGAGGGUUUCAUACUUUGUGAAGACAUCAUCCCAUUUUGUGAGUUAGAGCAAAUUUCAGGGAACUGCAUAGUAGUGUACAUGUGGCACUUGUAUAAAAAAUUGAAGGAGAAUAGUGCACUUGAUCGAUUUCGUUUUGUGGAUCCAUUUGACGUGUCAUAUGUGUCCAAGCCCCCGCACGAUGCACAAACACGUGCUUUGGCAGAUAGGUUUGAGAAUGUAUCCUCAAAUCAACUAGUGAUAGUCCCGGUUAAUGUAGGGGUACAUUGGAUUCUUACAGUAAUUGAUCCUCACAAGGAGACAAUAUCUAUUUUUGACCCUCUUGGUCAUUGGGUCUGUGAUGAAAGUUGGCAAAAUAUUGUCAACAAGGCAAUUUCUAUGUUCAAUGCAAGAUUAGAGAGAAGAGGUAAAAAACAACCAACUUGGGAAAUUAUCAAGUCUCCAAGACAACCCGAUUCCAAGCGAUGCGGGUUUUUCAUCAUGUGCUACAUGAAAGAAAUCAUUGAAGAGCUUACGAAGAGUGGUUCCAUUUGCCUACAUUCACAUUUUGACAACAGGGUUUAUACUCAAGAGGAUAUUGACAAAGUUCGUGUUGAGUGGGCAAAUGUCGUGCUUAAUCACAUAUAAAAGAGUGCGUGCUGGAUGUUGUGAGAGCUAUAACUUCGAUUCCGACAUACAACCAGUACAAAAGUUUGGCUUUUGGGAGAUGGAAGAGCCAAAAGUGCUUGCGCAAUAUGUAACUUAAGUGGGUAUUUUUCAUACUAUAUAUUAUCACUGUAUUUACUUAAUGGAGGUCUUUUGGCAUAUUAACCAUCAUCUUGAUAUUUUGUAAUACUGUCCCUCAAGAUUUCUCAAGCAAGGCUAUUAAAUUUCUUGUCCA